AUGGAUCGAAUUGACAGACUGUUAUCCAGCUUCCUUGCGACCCCAUAUCGACCCUGCGACCUUGAGAAGCAUGACGAACAACCUCAUUUCGACGACAAUGGCCUCCUAACCUUCUCACCAAACGACCCAGAAGACCCCAAGACUUGGUCCUCCGCCCGCCGCUGGUAUAUUUCUCUCGUCACCAUCCUCCUGGUCGUAAACGCCACAUUCGCCUCCUCAAGCCCAUCAGCUUGUCUCCCCAGCAUCUCACAAGAACUCCACGUCAGCCCGGAAGCAGCAGCGCUUGUCAUUACAGUCUUCCUAAUCGCCAACGCUGGCUCUCCGUUCCUCUGGGCUCCCUUGUCUGAGCACUAUGGAAGACGCUGGGUCUUCUACGGAACCUUUCUGUGCUACUUCAUUUUCAACUUCCUUUGUGCGUGGGCACCGAACUUUGGAGCAUUGCUGGUGGGACGGUUCUUCACGGGGAUCUUCGCGAGCUCGACGCAGAGUAAUGCCCCUGGACUGUUGGCGGAUAUCUGGGGACCAAUGGAGAGAGGGAAUGCGAUGGCGUUGUUCAGUGUCAUGGUCUUUGUGGGACCAGCUCUAGGCCCUGUCAUCUCGGGCUUCCUGCAGUUGAAGAAGGAUUGGCGAUGGGUGUUCUAUGUCCUGCUAUGGGCUGCUGGUGGAACGAUGCCGUUGAUGUUUACGAUUCCCGAGACGCAUCCUGGGCAGAUCCUGACGAACAAAGCGAAGAGGCUGCGAAGGUCCGGGUUGAGAGACGUGAAGGCGCCGGCUGAGGUGUCAGACCGGACGCUCAAGUAUCUAUUCGGGACCGCGUUGACGAGACCUUGGGCCAUUCUGAUCAACCCGAUCUCAUUAUGCUGUGCCAUCUACACUGCCCUGGUGUACAUGCUGCUGUACAUGCUCUUCAGCCUGUAUCCGAUCGUCUUCCGGCAGAUGAGAGGAUGGAAUUCCGGCGUGGCUGAGCUGCCUCUCAUCGGUACCAUCACUGGAGCCUGCAUUGGAGGACUCAUCAACUUCUACUUCACAGUCCAGGACAGGAAGGAGAGACAAGCUGGCAUACCCCGUGUGCCAGAAGACCGCUUAGUGGUGGCCAAGAUUGGUGGAAUCAUCUUCCCGAUCUCAAUGUUCUGGUUUGCUUGGACGGCGCAGUAUAAUAGCAUACACUGGAUCUCACCCACGCUCGCGGGCGUGCUGCUGUGCGUGGCUAUUGUCCUGAUCUUCGUCGCGUACCUGAACUACCUGGUGGACACCUAUAUCACAUACGCAGCGAGUGCGUUAGCUGCAAAUGCAGUGCUGAGGCUGGCUUGUGGAGCUGCAGCACCGUUGUUCACGCCGUACAUGUUCGAGAGUCUGACAGUCGCUGGAGGCGGCUCACUUAUUGGUGGCGUUGCAAUUCUGCUUGCUCCAAUACCGUUCGUCUUCACAAGAUAUGGUGCUACGUUGAGAGCUAGGUCGAAGUUCGCAGCGAGCGACCCGCCGCCAGCCAACGAUAUUGCUGCAAGGAGUGAGAGUCGAUCGACAGAGUCAGGCAAGGAUGAAGAGUCGUGA